AUUGGCGUACUUUUUUGGAGUUCGACGCAGUAGUCGCCUUGUUCGCUGCCAUUCGCUUUUUUCGAGAUGAUUGACACGCACUGCCACCUAUGUGAUACUUCAUUCAAAGACGACAUCGAAGAUGUUGUACUCCGGGCGGUGACCACCGGCAUCCGGGGUGUAUUGACACUGACUGAGGAGCGGUCAGAUUUUUCUUUGGCACUUGAGCUCAAGAAGAGGUUCCCCGAUUGGAUCAACUUAGGUUUCGGCAUCCACCCUAUGCAAAAACGAGAAGACGGUAGCGGUUUGUGUCGGAGCGUCAAUUUAAAAGUUGGUCUGGAUUUCAGCCCAUGUGUGUGCCCGACUACGGAAUUACAUGCAGUACAACGUGCCGUACUUACACACCAUAUUCAUUUGUCAAAGGACUUGAACUUACCACUGAAUGUGCACUCGCGGUCUGCCUCUAAACCUACUUUGGAAUUACUGAAGUCAGAAGGAAAAGAAGGCGCGGAUAUUUCUGGAUUAACUGACCAAAGAAAUAGCAUCCUUUCGCAUGUAUUUUCACCGGCAAAGUGUAACGUCAUGCUCGUCAACAUGGAGUCACCGAGCAUGACACUUACGAUCCAGGGAGAGGCACUCGACGUUGUGGGGCGUUUCACGUAUCUGGGAGGUUGUAUUAGCUCUAAUUGUGGUGUGACAGAUGAAGUCAGUACACGAAUCUGCAAGGUUCGGGUCGCGUUCGAUAAUUUGAGGGACCUAUGA